AUGUUAAAUUAAGAUGGAGAUUUUAACAUGUAAUCAUUUCGUAAUCAAAUCCCUUAAGCAUUGGCCAUUACUGAUGAUACAAUUAGUCUUGAGAAUGACAUGUUACUUGGUUGGACACCCAAAUUAGAUUAUAGUAAAUUACUUACACUUAACUUCAAUAAUUAGUUAAACGAUUAAAUAAUUUUAGAAGCUUCCUAGAAUAAUAAACUAAUUUAUCUUGGAUUUAGACCUCAAGAUAACAAUUAAAUGCAUAAACAAUACUCAAAUAUUUCAUCUUAUCCAUUUAAACGAUCUGUAACAAUCAUAAACAAACCUUAAUUGCCAUUUUUGGGAAUGAAUCCUAUCUCUAUUAGUAGAAUUAAAUUCAAUUCCAUUUUUGAGAGUGGCAAUUUAGAUAUAGUAAUAUAAGUAUCAGAAUAUGAAUAUGAUUUAUAUAUGAGAGUUGAUGGUAAUACUUAAGGACACACCUCUUGGUAUAAUUUUGAAUUAAGUGGUAUGAAGUAAGGAGAAAAAAUAUAAUUAAAUAUUUGUAAUUUCACUAAAUUACACAGUCUUUAUGAAAGAGGUAUGAAACCUUUCAUUUGGAGAUCAACUACUUAAGAAUGGUUAUAAGGAGGAGAGAAUAUAUAAUAUAAAACAUCGUAAAACAACAAUUGUCUAAGUUUUUUAAUUGAUUGUAAUUAAGAGAAUGAACUUAUAAAGAUUGCAUAUUGUGUCCCAUAUACGUUUUCUUAAUUGUUAGAAUAUUGUGAUGAAUUAUAAAAGAGAUGUAGUCAUGUCAAACGCAAAAUAUUGUGUGAGUCAUUAGGAGGAGUAUAAUUACCAAUGUUAAUUUUUAGCAAAGGUAAAAAAACCAAUAAAAAAUGCUUGAUUAUUUAAGCUCGCAUACAUCCUGGUGAAUCAAAUGGUUCAUGGGUAAUGCAGGGUGUAAUGAAUUAUUUAUCAAGCUAAUAAGCCAUUAAACUUUUUGAGAAGUAUAUAAAUCUAUUAUUUAUUAAAAAGAUGUAUUAUUAAAGUAGUACCUAUGAUGAAUCCUGAUGGAGUUAUUUUAGGUAAUUAUAGGACUGGAUUUGAAGGAAAGGAUUUAAAUAGGAAAUUCAAAUAAAAUGAUGGAAUUCUAUACCCUACUGUUUAAGCAAUGAAGUCAUUGGUUAAAGAUUAAUACAAAAAAUUUUAAAAUAAUUUAAUUGCCUUUAUUGAUUUACAUGGACAUUCUAGUAUGAAUAAUAUAUAAAUUAGUCAAAAAGAAUGUGUUUAUAUAUGGUCCAGAAUAUGCUUUGUGGGAUUAUAAUUAUUAUAAAUGUCGUAUACUUCCAAAAUUACUUAGUUAGAAAACAGAAAUGUUUAGAUUUUAUUCAUCAAUAUUUAGAAUAAGUUAAUCUAAAAAGUCAACUGCUCGUGGAGUUUUUGCUGAAUUAUAUGAUAUAGUUAAUUGUUUUACAAUUGAAACAUCAAAUGGUAAUUACUACAAUUAAACAUAAACAAUUGAUUUUACUACUAAACAUUGGUUAGAUAUGGGUUGGAUUAUUGGAGAAACUUUAAUUGAUAUGAUUGACAUUCAAAAUGAAAUGGAUUAAAUUUACAAUAUGAAAAAUGAUGAUAUUAAAAGAUUAAAUAGAUUUCAUAAAAACUAAUAACUUCUUAAAAAGAAAAGUAUUAUUGAUCCUAAUUAAAUACCAUUUCAAAAUACAAAAUUUUAAAAGUUGAUAGAAGAAUUAAAAAAUGAUGAAGAUAAAAUGAAUCAAUCUUUUUCUGAAGGAAACUCAGAUUCAUUAGAUGAUGAUGAACAAUAAGGAGAAAUAAAUGAAAAUAAAUCUGAAGAAAUUAUGAAACCUAAAUCUAACACAUCAAAACCUUUGAUAUCCAUAUUGUAUUCAAGUUAAAAAUCUAAAUUAGAAUCAAAAUAUAGUCCUAGUCAUUUAAAACAUUCACCAUAAUAAACUAUAAUGCAUUCUAUAGAACUUAAUCAAAAUAAAGUCUAUCACCCAGUUAAUCAAUAGAGUAUUUUAAAGAAGAUUGCAUCUCGUACUUAAUCCAAAAAAUAAAAUGAACUAACAAAAUAUAUCACAAACUACAUGAAUCAAUAAUUUGCUACAAUUGAUUUUCUAGAAUGUUCCUUUAAUUUAAAUCAAUCUAUGCAAUAGAAUAUUCGUUCUAUAUUACCUAGACCAUCUACAUCUUAAUUUGAAAUGUUAGAUGAAGAAAAAUUUACACCUAUCCAAGGACUCAAUUCUAGUUAUUAUUCUGGUUGUAAACGUCAUACUAGAUUGCAUAGUAAUCUAACAGUAAAUAAAUAAAAAAAAUGUAGAAAUAUCAAAAGAAAUUAAACUAAAUCACCUCCUCAUUAAAUCAAUACUAAUAUAAGAAAUUCAAAUAUGAAUAAUACUCAAAUGAAUUUUGAAGCCAUGAAGUUGAAAUGUAAGAUGAAACUCUAACAUUAGCCUACUAAAUUUUCAGAUUCUUAUCAUACUACAAGACCUUCUAUUCCUCCUUCAUUUUAUUCUGUUAGAAGACAUAUGAUAUAAAGACUCAAAAAUUGA